AUGCCGACCGUGAGACCAUCUCUCAAUUCUCUUCCAGUGGAGAUUCAAUGCGCCAUCUACGAACUCCUUGACCCCAUCGGUUUGAUAUCCGUCAGUCAAACCGACUCUCAACUGCGAGACAUCAUCAAGCCAACGCGUCAGCACUUCCUUGAGAGACUUCUGGUCCUCGAAUGCCGCGAAGAAUGGGGCGGCGCAACGCCCAUCAUGUCGGCGAGUGGGGGCUAUCUAAAUCCAGACUGGAGCCGACCGGAAUGCCAAACCAUGCGCUGGGCCUGUUCCGCCUGUCUUCGCCUUCUUGCGCACACGGCUUUUGAUGACCGAUCGCUUCUACGGCUUCGCUACAGGAAGCCCGUUCUUGGGUCACCGGCGGCGAAGUUGACUACGAGCUGGAAUCCAUCUGGAAGGGUCGGGAGACCCCGUCGAAAAGGAGAGCCGCCUCUUGAAUAUUCGUCCGAGGAGAAAAGAACUCGGCGACGGUACGGACUUGCCCUCUCAGCUGACUGGAACCGACUGCGCACAUUCAAUGAACUUCCUCGAAGAUUGAUCAAGUUCCAAGAAUGCGGUAUGUCCAGGUUCGAAGGGAUGAGUCUGUCGAAAUAUAUCGAUCUGAGUGAUGAGCAGGAACACGAGCUACUCGUACAAGAAGCACUCGAUAUAGAGAGCGUACGCUGUGGCUUCAAGCGCGAACUGCGGAGAUGCCUUGAAUGCAGGUACCAGCGGAACGAACUCAAUCCCUUAGGCUGGACACACGGCGGCACGGAGAAAGUGCCUAUUAUGAUGAGUCGGCGCCUCUUCUUCCCAUCUAUCACCGACCGCUAUUUCCCGGAUAUUGGAGAUGCGCUAGGGAUCAAGCGACCCGCGUGCAACCCGCCGGUGUUUGCAGUCUACCGUGAAAGCGCACGUGAUCAUCUGUGGCUUACACAUAUGGUCCGAUGCCCUGGAUGCUCGGUAUGGCAGGAGUUACGGCAUUUCCGACUGGGCGAGGUUUACGAACAUUGGCGAGCAAGUGUCACGAGGGUCGGCGUGUAUGACGCUGAGGUGGGAAGAGUGGUUGGUAUUACGGAAGUCACCAAUUGGGAUGAUAGGAGAAUCACCAGGGGACUUGUGGACGGAGUGCUCUGUAGCCGGUGCUUUUUACAAGAGUACGGACGUGUGGCACUUGGCAAGGAGCUUCUGCGAUGGCUCAAGCGUAUUCUGGAUCUCCACAGAAGUGUUCUCCGGCAUCGAGUAGGGUUCGGUUGGCCUAUAUUCCAGCGCUGGUCCCACAAAUGUCCGCGAUCUUUCCGAAGAGAAGUUCAAGAGGUGGCUCGCGAGCCGUGUGAUCUUGUGGAGAAGAAUGAGGAGAACGAUGACUUUACUGACUUUGAUCUUGCGCUUUUACGGAAGAGACGUCAGCAGUGGUUUGAUGUACGAGCGCGUAUGAUCGAGAAAAACAAGGUUUCCUGGCUUCCAGAGAACCCGUGGCUAUUACACUGGAAUAAUUCGUACGAUGAGCUUGAAGCUAUGUACGUAUGGGUCCAAACUGUGGGGAAAGUGGCGGAAGGCCAAGUGGAUGCGUUGGUAGACUGGGCACUGGAAAACCAGACUAUUCAGGGAAGAACAGUCUAG